AUGGCUGAACGAACGGUGUUGGCCAGAGAUCUUUUUUUGUCAUGUCCUUAUAAUGUACUUCCCGAUGCACGAAUACUAGUAGACGAGAGCUGCGCCCCACUUCCACCUAUUUUUAUAAUAUACUUCCCAGGUCGUUACCCCUUGACCAACAAUGAUCCGAACCUGAUCCUGAACCUUGAUCCACUCCUCACGCGCAAUGCUGUGUUGGAGUGGUACAUUUUCCGUGGCCUGAGAUUGGCUAGCAUAAGAGAUCAUCGCCAGGGUUCUGCUAGUGUCGUGGCCACUGACUCACCGAGGCCCAGACAGACGGUGGAUAAGCCUGAAGGAAAAGCGAGACAACGCAUCCAAGUCGCGUUAGUUAGUGAUCCCAAGCGACAAGUUUUCGUCGCAGUUCCACUAUUCCAGGCCGAAAGCAGCCAUUGCGGGAUCCAGAGGCUGCUGCUGAAGGGGGCGCGGGGCGCGGUCUCGGGGGGCUUAGGGGGUGCGUCGCCGGGAGCACCACCCAAGAGCGCAGGACGUGGCCGCGUCGGCGGGGCCAAUCGGGGCUUAGAGUUCACGCCUGACCGCAGGGAUUCCGAAGCUUGUGAUUCUCCGCCGUUGAACGUGGUUGUUGCUGCCACAACCCAACUUCUGUGCAAUCCCAGCUAUUGUCACGUCAGUUGGUACUACUGCCGCUAUUCCCACUCCCAAUUUACCACCGUGAUUGGGUAA